AUGGCCGACACCUUUAACGGCUGGGUUGCUCACUCAGCUGACAGUCCUCUCACAUUCACCACGUUUCAACCGAAACCAUUUGCUCCCACGGACAUCGAAGUUGCCGUAUCGCAUUGCGGUAUUUGUGGCACCGACUUGCAUACUCUUCGGUCUGGCUGGGGCAACACGGAUUAUCCUUGUGUCCUGGGCCAUGAAAUAAUCGGAACUGUGGUGCGAAUUGGCUUAUCGCCGGCUCGUUCGGAAAUCAAAGUUGGGGAUCGGGUUGGAAUCGGCGCUCAAAGUGGUGCCUGUCUGAAGGCUGACUGUGAGGCAUGUGCUGACGGACAAGAGAGCUACUGUUCACGCAUAGUCGGCACGUAUAAUGGGCGGUAUCCUGAUGGUAGUCGAUCAUAUGGUGGUUAUGCGACGCGUUGGCGCGGUCCUGCACACUUUGUUUUUAAAAUUCCCGACGCUUUGCCAUCCGCCGAAGCCGCAGCAUUGAUGUGCGGUGGAGUGACAGUGUUUGCGCCGCUAAAUAAAUACGGAGCUGGACCGGGCAAAGCAGUGGGUAUCGUCGGAAUUGGCGGUCUGGGUCAUUUAGGGAUAUUGUUUGCUAAGGCCCUCGGCUGUAGCCGUGUCGUGGCAAUCUCGCGAAGCUCGAAGAAACGUACGGAUGCUAUGGGGGCAAAUGGAAAUGGCUUGGGUGCGGAUGCAUUUAUCGCAACGGAUGAGGAGGAGAAAUGGGCCCGCAAGAACUCGCGCACUUUGGAUCUAAUUAUCUGUACAGUCGACGGGUCUGAAAUGCCACUGGCGCAAUAUUUGCGUUUGCUCAAAAUUGGAGGCACCUUUGUUCAAGUGGGAGCACCUGAGGGACCAUUACCACAACUACACGCAUGGUCACUGAUCCAAAAAGGCAUUCAACUGACCGGGUCUAAUAUUGGGUCGCCCAAGGAUAUCAAGCAGAUGUUGAAUCUGGCCGCUGAGAAGCGUGUUUAUCCAUGGAUCCAGCAACGACCGAUGCAGGAAGUGAAUGAAGCUCUUGCUGAUAUGUACGACGGGAAGGCACGAUAUCGUUAUGUACUAGUCAAUGACAAGGGAGAUUCUAAAUUGUAG